GCCCCUCCCCUCAGUCGUUUCCAGCCGUUGCCGAGGCGGCUUCUUUCCUUCCUCUCUCUCUCUCUCUCUCUCUUUUUCCCUCACGCCCUCUUCCUCUUCCUCCUCCCGCUCGCUUCUGCGUUACAAGCCUCGCCACGGGCGCAGUUUUCCAGGCAGCCGGGGCCAACUCCCACCGCUGCCUUCCGCUGGGGUCUCUUUCCCCUCACCCUAUUUUUUUUUUCUUGGUUCCCUCCCUCCUCCCCUUCCUCACACGCGCAGGCAUUUCUCUCCCCUCCCUCCACACACACACACACGCUUUCCUCCUCCUUGCCUCGGCCGCCAUGAACCCCAGCUGUGCCCGCUGCGGCAAGAUCGUGUACCCGACCGAGAAGGUGAACUGCCUCGACAAGUUUUGGCAUAAAGCAUGUUUCCACUGCGAGGUCUGCAAGAUGACUCUCAACAUGAAAAACUACAAGGGCUAUGAGAAGAAGCCGUAUUGCAAUGCACACUACCCAAAGCAGUCCUUCACUAUGGUGGCAGACACUCCAGAAAACCUACGCCUUAAGCAGCAGAGCGAGCUUCAGAGUCAAGUCCGCUACAAGGAGGAGUUCGAAAAGAAUAAAGGGAAGGGCUUCAGUGUGGUGGCUGACACCCCGGAAUUGCAGCGAAUCAAGAAGACCCAGGAUCAGAUCAGUAACAUAAAGUACCAUGAAGAGUUUGAGAAGAGCAGGAUGGGCGCACCUGGUGGAGAGGGAGGCGAAUCAGAACGCCAAAACUCCCAGGAGGGCGCCAACUACAGGAGGCCAGUGGAGCAGCAGCCACCACCACACCAGCAACCUCAUCAUGUCCAACCAAGUACCCCUGUUUACCACCACCAGCCACCAGCACAACCAGCCUCUCAGUCUUACAGCUACAAGGAACCAGCAGCACCUGUCUCAAUACAGCGUAACGCCCCAUCUGGCGGAGGGAAGCGGUUUCGUGCAGUCUACGAUUACAACGCAGCCGAUGAGGACGAGGUCUCCUUCCAGGACGGUGACACCAUAAUCAAUGUGCAGCAGAUUGAUGACGGCUGGAUGUAUGGCACCGUUGAGCGGACCGGUGACACAGGCAUGCUUCCAGCCAACUAUGUGGAGGCUAUAUGAGCUCCACUCGGGUGCCACCCUGAAAGCAAGCAGGGGGAGGGCUUUUGUGUGCUUCUUGUUCCAUUAUCCCUUCUCUGCUGUCUUGUCACACAUCAGUUAUUUUGUUCUGAACCUCUGACAUGGCCGUUUUAAAACAAAAUCUUCUGCCGACAUAGCCUUGUUUUGGAGGCAUUUGAACUUGGGGUGGGUGUCUUUUUUACUAUCAAAGAUCAAUUGUCUUUCCAUCCUCUCCCGCAGCUUUCAUGAAGCAUGGCACUGUGCCCUCCUCCUUCCCUAGGGACCUGCCCUUUUGGGAAUUGAUUUUGAUGCCGGUUGAAAUGUGCACAACUUAACCAAACUGCUAUGUGGAACCAGAAUUGGUGUAGGGAGGCCCAGGGGCAGGAACCACUGCCAUGCUUCCUUUUGGGAGAGUGGAGCUUUGAGUAACUUGUGCAAGUCUCUGAUCAUUCCCAUUGGAAAAAAUUGCCCAAGGCCUCUGUCUGCAUGUCGACUCUUGCUCAUUAAUUUUCCUUUCUAUAAAUCUUUAUCAGCUGGAAAUAAGUCAAACCAUUUGUUAAAAGCAGGAGAGCUUUUGGAGUCAAAAGGAACCAGCAAAUCUGUCAUAUCUAGAAGGGAGAUGAAAGCCAAAGCAGUAGCUGGUGCAGAGGUAAAGGGGAGGUUUAGGAGAAAACUAAUAAUUCUAUCCAGGACUCUUGGAUGCCAUGUCUUAAUAAGAGCGGCCUAUGCAAGACUCCCCUAGCUUAAUGCCUGCAAAUUUCUCGCAGAUUCUUGGUGUUUAUCAAUGCCCUUCCCUCUCUGUUUUUGUAGAAUUCCAAAUUCUGUUGGCACCUAACCUGUAGAGAGGUGGGUGGGCACUCCUCUGAAUAACCUUGACAACAGCAGCCAAGGGCUAGAGGAAUCCCAGUUACUGUGGAGAUGUAAGCAUAGGGACCAAUUGCUCCUUGCUUUAGGGAGUAUUCAUGGGGCAGAUCUGUAUGUGGAGCUUUUCUCCUGAACCCACAUUCCUGUCAGCCCAAAGGCAGACUUGCAGAAAGCAUCAUCUCCCUUGUACUUUCUGAGCCAAGCAACGUUUACAAUCCUUCCUCCUCUUUCUACUGCCCCCCAAGCCAGCCUGGCAAUUGGAUGAAGGAAUCAGGGCAACUACUGCCUUGCACUAGAAACAUACCUCUUCCUCCCCCUCAGGCUAACAUUAAGCCAGCAAGAUGCUCUUGCUGGCAUGGGAUAGUCUUAUGGACCAAAAGCAAAUUCUUUGGAGUGUUGCUGUCAGUAUAGCAGGGAACUACAAUAUAACUGGAAAUAUAUAGGGCUGUGCUGGUGUGAUGGAAGAGCAAAGGCUGGGCAGAUUCCUCUUAAGCAGGAGUAAGGUUCUUGAAAGUCACCCUUCUUUGCAUAUUGAUUGCUGCUUCUGUUACUUUUAAAGAAGACUCCCCAAGGUCACCUCUGUGUUGGGACAGAAGGCAAAUCCAGUUAAAUAAUAAUCAGCCAUGCAGUGCAACAAACCCUGAAAAGUAGGUCUUAGAGCCUGUGUCUAAUAACUCAUUUAGCUGUGAUGUGAUUGCAAAGCUCUACCUAUGGAAAAGGCCUCUGGAAAACAUCUAGUGUCUUUAAAUCUAACAUGAGAGAAGUGGCUCUAACCCACUUUAUUUGGUAGUUGUCUCUUCCUGGGAUAACUGAAAUGGUUGGCAAGUGGACCUCUGGAGGCAUACUUCUUACCUUUUUGUUUUUAAGAACGCCCGUCAGAGGCACAUUCAGAGAGAGAGGUGCUCAGUCCACUGAAUCCUCUGGUGGUUUUUAGUUGUCGCCUCUCAAGCACCUGGAAAGUACAAGGACCAAGUUAAAAGAUGUGUCGCCCUCACACAUUCUCCCAUUCCAGUGCUGUUUGCAUGUAUGUGCUCUUCCUUUCCCCUUUCCUUCCCUUCUGUGCAUAGAGGCAUAUCAGGACCUUGCCUUUCCCUCCCAUUGCAUCCCCUCUUGCCUGUGGACUUUGUGGUACAGAGAGAACAUACAUAUGCAAUGUUAAAAGCACGAGCUUAGUCUCUUUACAAGAGGUGUGAAAUAGGCUUACAUUAAGCAAGAGUUAAGGAGAACUUGCCUGCUCAAUGUUUAGGCCCCUGAAGUUUGAAAGCAAAGGGAUGCUACAUUUCGUCAUUCCCAAAGUACUCUUGCAUAUCUUCGUGACUGGUGGAGUACCGCACACUAGUGAUUUCUUGCUAAAUCUCUCAGGAGGGUUUAAAUCCCUUUUGGGCUCCCUAUCCAAGUUUAAAAUUAUGAAGUUCCUGCACACCCCUCAGAUCAGUGGCACAAAUAAUGACCAAAUCAUUCUUUUCAUAGAAGCACAAACAUUUUAGCAUAUUUUCUCAAAAAUAAAAAGCCCUAGUCCCUACUUUUCCUUUGCACUAGUGAUUAAAGGGAGGAGGGUUUUGGUCUCCUCUUCACCAUAUCCAUGCCCCAGAGAAAUCCAUUUGUAGAAAUGAAAAGGUCAGCAACAAUGGUGACAGGUUUUUCUAUAAUGCAAGCAUUUUUAGAGGGAUACAGGUGCCUAGGGACCACCUAAUCUUAGGGUGAACUUUCUAAAGGUGCCAACGAGAAUGACUGGUGGGUGAAGAGAAAUCACAUUCUUCUUGGUGCUAAGACAGAAGCACAACCUUAGUACUGGCUGAUUUCCUAACUGAAAAAGACAAAAUCAUGUAUAGACAAUCCUUAAGAGGACAGCUUUUUGUGAGGAAGAUACAAAAAUAACGUAAUGUGAAUAAAUAUUUUUAGAGGACCAAAUAAAGUUACAAUAAAAUACUCUCUCAUUAUUUUAUAAAUCUCCUAGUCUUUUCAACCCUGCCCUGGGAGAAAUGGUUUCUCACUGCUUGAUUUAUUUUUUUUCUGCCUUCUUUAUGCACUUUUGCCUUUUUCCCCAAUAGCACCUAAACCUGUAUUUAAAUAAAAUGUUAAAAAAGAAAGAAAAACAGCUAACUUGCAUCUGUGUAGCCAUUUUUAUUCAUGUCAAGUCUCUUGUACAUUGUAGCUUUUCAAAUAAGAUUUCAGUGUCUGAACUUAGAAUGAUUUUUUUUCUUGGGAGUAUAUUUUGGGGUUUUCAUCUGUUCUUUGUGUAUUUCUUCUUUGUGGGCUUACACGCCCUCUCCAAAAGUCAUUUGGCCUUUUUCAAUGGCACCAUAGAAUCAAAUGUAGUACCAGUUCUCUUCUGGUUGACGCCAAUUUGAAAAUAAAAGUAUAAUUUUUACUGCUGACUGA